AUGCUGAAGGGGAACGCGGGUUGCGGAAAACCGACUGCCCAGUGCCUGAAAACAAAUUGCGAACCAAGCCCCGCCGCUUCCCACAGAGACGUCCCCGAUAAGGUGAAACGUGUCGCCCCCGUGAUAACGAUGCUGCCCGAGGAGCGGAGAGGGGGAAGGCGGCUGUUGGCCUCCGCUGAGGCACAAGCCCGAUUGUUUGAACGGCGAGACGGCCAGCGCGGGGGUAGCGGGGCUAGUGUCACCCGCCCCGUCUCAGCGGCCCGGCGGAUCGCCGCCCUCGCUCCCCGCUGGGUGCCGGGGCUGGGACCGGCUCUCCCCCACCCCGUUUUCCCUUUCGUCCCCGUCCCCAUCCCUCGCUCCCCGCCGCGCAUACUCCCCUCCGUGCCCGAGCGGCUGUGCGCCCGGGAGGACGGUGCCACCUCUGCAGAAGCGGGCUCGCCGCCGCGCCUCGACCUGGACAAGACGCCCAAGAAGUUCGCGGCGGCCCCGGCCAUGCUGGGCGAGGCGGAGGCCGGCGAGCCGCCCUUCGCCGCCCCCAAGCCGGACGGCCGCAAGGCCACCCCCUGCGGGGAGGAGGAGCUGCCCCCGGCCGCCGCCCGCUACUCCAUGGACAGCCUCAGCCCCGAGCGCUACUACCUGCAGUCCCCCGGGCCGCCGGGGGCCGAGCUGGGGGGGCCCUGCGCCCUCUUCCCCUACCCGCCGCCGGCGCAGCACGGUACCGUCUACCAGCCGCCCGGCGGGCCGCGCUACCCCUACGGCUCGGUCCUGUCGCCGGGCGGCUUCGCGGGCGCCGUCUGCCCGCCCGGCGGCCGGGGCGGGCUAGGGGCGCUGGGGGUGCCGGCCGCCGGCCCGGGGCUGCGGGCGCAGGUCUUCCUCUGCAACCGGCCCCUCUGGCUCAAGUUCCACCGGCACCAGACGGAGAUGAUCAUCACCAAGCAGGGCCGGAGGAUGUUUCCUUUCCUGAGCUUUAACAUCACCGGCCUCAACCCCACGGCCCACUACAACGUCUUCGUGGAGGUAGUGCUGGCGGACCCCAACCACUGGCGUUUCCAGGGGGGCAAGUGGGUGACCUGCGGCAAAGCCGACAACAACAUGCAAGGCAACAAGGUGUACGUCCACCCUGAGUCGCCCAACACUGGGGCUCACUGGAUGAGGCAGGAGAUUUCUUUCGGGAAACUGAAGCUAACGAACAAUAAAGGUGCUAACAACAACAACGCGCAGAUGAUAGUACUGCAAUCUCUACAUAAGUACCAGCCCCGGCUUCACAUUGUGGAAGUGACUGAAGAUGGUGUUGAAGAUCUGAAUGACUCCUCAAAGACUCAAACAUUUAUUUUCCCUGAAACGCAGUUCAUAGCAGUUACAGCGUAUCAAAACACUGAUAUUACCCAGCUCAAAAUUGACCAUAAUCCUUUUGCAAAAGGUUUCAGAGACAACUAUGACUCCAUGUACACAGCUUCAGAAAAUGACAGAUUAACUCCAUCUCCCACGGAUUCUCCUAGAUCCCACCAGAUUGUUCCUGGUGCCCGAUACAGCGUGCAACCGUUCUUCCAAGAACAGUUUGUCAACAACCUGCCCCCAGCCAGGUUUUACAAUGGUGAGAGAACCGUCCCUCAGACAAACGGCUUGCUCUCCCCUCAGCAGAAUGAAGAGGUGGCCAGCCCUCCCCAGCGGUGGUUUGUUACACCUGUACAGCAGCCCAGUGCCAACAAACUGGACAUGAACUCUUAUGAGACGGAGUAUUCUCCUAGCACCUUGCUCCCUUACAGCAUUAAAUCCCUCCCCCUUCAGACAUCCCAUGCUCUGGGAUACUACCCUGACCCGACAUUUCCAUCCAUGGCAGGCUGGGGGAGCAGGGGCUCUUACCAGCGAAAAAUGACAACAGGAUUACCUUGGACCUCCAGAACAAGUCCUCCAGGUUUCUCUGAAGACCAGCUUUCCAAGGAGAAGGUGAAAGAAGAAAUUGGCUCAUCCUGGAUAGAGACUCCACCCUCCAUAAAGUCUCUAGAUUCAAAUGAUUCUGGGGUCUACACGGGUGCUUGUAAGAGAAGACGGCUCUCCCCUAGCACUUCCAGCAAUGAAAAUUCCCCGACUAUGAAAUGUGAGGACAUUAAUGCUGAGGACUAUAGCAAGGACACUUCAAAAGGCAUGGGCUACUACGCAUUCUAUACUAGUUCUUAA